CCUUUAACUAGUCUAUUAAGCUUUUAUAACCAACACUUCUCAACGUCCAAGCAAAAUGUGUAUCCGAGUCACUUUAAUCGUUCUGGCAAUCUAUUUGUUCGUAAAAAAAACUCCACAUAAUACUGAAAAAUGUAGUCCUUUGAAUUGUAUAAAUGACGGUUAACCAUAUUAUGACUAUAUACGAUCAACACUUUUACAAGAAUGUAAUCUUCAAAGCAACAAAAAAGCUAAAUUAAACAAAGCACAUCCCCUAAUAUUGUAGUUAAAUGUAUAGAUUAUAUUCUGA